UCCGGCGCGCUCGCGGGGCCGCCAAGAUGCCGGCGCUGCGGCUGGACCUGGGCGCGGCCAAGGAGCCGCUGGGGCUGGUGCGGGGCCUCCAGUGGAUUUUCUCCAUUUUCGCCUUCGCCACGUGCGGCCGCUACAGCGGCUCCGUCUCCUUCGGCGUCAGCUGCUCGGGCGGCCCCAACGUCACGGUGACGGCGGCGUUCGGUUACCCCUUCCGGUUGAACCGGGCGACCUUCGCGCCGCCGCUGAAGGACCUCUGCAACGGCACGUGGGCCGCCGACGUGCACCUCGUGGGCGACUUCGCCGCCGCCGCCCAGUUCUUCGUGGCCGUGGCCGCCGCCGCCUUCGUCUACGCCGCCGCCGCCCUCGCCGUCUACCUGGGCUGCCUCGGCCUGUACCGCGCCGGCGCCGCCCGGCUGCCCAUGGCGGACUUCGUGGCCACCGUGGUCUUCUCCUUCCUGUGGCUCGUGAGCACCUCGGCGUGGGCCAAGGCCCUGACGGACGUGAAGGUCUCGGUGGCGGCGCCGCUGCCCGGCUGCCGCCCGCCCACCACCUGCUCCGCCGCCGCCGUCAGCCCCGCGGGCUCCCUCAACGUCUCCGUGAUCUUCGGCUUCCUCAACCUGCUGCUCUGGGCCGCCGGCUCCUGGUUCGUCUACAAGGAGACGGAUCUGCACCGCCCCCCCCCGCCCCCCCCCGCCGCCGCCCCCGGGGCCCUGUGA